AUUGCUUUAACGCUCAGCAUUGUGGGCAGCUCCUCAUUGUAACAGGUUUCUUCUUUUCUGCGACGUUUAUUUGUUAUUAUCUGCAGUAACCCUGGGUAGCCUUUACACAGUAUUUACAAAUAUACAUAUGUAUACAGUGGAAAGUAGGAUGUUUUCAGCUACCGGAAACGCGGAUAUCCCCUUCAUUACGAAAAACUGGUCAUAAUUAGGAUGUUUGCAGCUGGCGUGCGGAUUGUCAGGGAUAGUCCUGACCUCACUAACCCAUCCCCUGUCCCCUCAGUGAAUCUGUCUCAAUAGCUCUCGUGUAAUCUUCUUGUUUGUUGUGCAUUUUCGACGAUGGAAAUCUGAGUUCGGCUCUUACUGGAACUACUGCUGUGUGUGUGUGAAGCGAGAGACCGGUGCAGCAAAAGGGAAAACGCCGGGGUUUAAGCCAUGGGGGGAAAUAAGAGCAAACCCAGAGGGCUGGGCCAACACUCUCAGAGUUUGGAUGGCACCGUCAGCAUGAACAGUGGGGGUAGCAGCAAUGUGGGGCAUCACCACAACUCGUGCCAGCAGAACUUCACACCCAGCCGGACCCCUGCAGUGGAUGGCUCACAGCAUGGUGCCCAGAACAUUACCAAUAAUGCUGAUUUGCCCUUGUUUGGAGGAGUGGAGUCCAUGACCAGCCUCACAUCACCUCUUCGUAGCACAUUAACAGCAGGAGGCGUGACUACAUUUGUGGCGUUGUAUGACUAUGAAUCACGCACUGCGUCUGAUCUGUCAUUCAGGAAAGGAGAACGGCUUCAGAUAGUGAAUAACACGAGAAAGCUGAACUGCAGGGAAGGAGACUGGUGGCUAGCCUGCUCACUGACCACAGGACUGCGAGGCUACAUCCCCAGCAACUACGUCGCUCCUUCUGACUCCAUCCAAGCCGAAGAGUGGUUCUUUGGUAAAAUUACCCGUAGAGACUCUGAAAGGCUGCUGUUGAGUAUGGAGAACAGAAGGGGAACCUUCUUGGUUCGAGAGAGUGAGACCACCAAAGGUGCCUACUGUCUGUCUGUCCUGGACUACGACAACGUCAAAGGGUUGAAUGUGAAGCAUUAUAAAAUCCGGAAGCUGGACAGCGGCGGCUUUUACAUUACCUCUCGCACGCAGUUUAGUAACCUUCAGCAGCUGGUCAACCACUACCGAAAGCAUGCUGAUGGUCUGUGCCACUGCCUGACUGAUGUGUGUCCAGUGCUGAAGCCACCACAGACUCAGGGUUUGGCUCGGGAUGCCUGGGAAAUCCCUCGUGACUCUUUGCGUCUAGACGUGAAACUGGGACAGGGCUGUUUUGGAGAAGUCUGGAUGGGCACUUGGAACGGGACAACACGAGUAGCCAUUAAAACACUGAAGCCGGGCACCAUGUCUCCAGAAGCCUUCUUACAGGAGGCUCAGGUCAUGAAGAAACUUCGACAUGAGAAGCUGGUGCAGCUCUACGCUGUGGUAUCUGAAGAGCCUAUUUAUAUUGUCACUGAGUACAUGAGCCAAGGUAGUCUGCUGGACUUCUUGAAAGGAGACAUGGGGAAGAUGCUGCGGUUACCUCAGCUUGUAGACAUGGCCUCACAGAUCGCCUCUGGCAUGGCAUAUGUGGAGAGAAUGAACUAUGUUCACCGGGACCUCAGGGCUGCCAACAUCUUGGUGGGAGAGAACCUGGUGUGUAAGGUGGCUGAUUUCGGGCUCGCUCGCCUCAUAGAGGACAACGAAUACACUGCGAGGCAGGGGGCGAAGUUUCCGAUAAAGUGGACUGCACCAGAAGCCGCUCUAUACGGUCGCUUCACCAUCAAAUCUGAUGUCUGGUCAUUUGGGGUUUUACUGACUGAGCUGGCAACUAAAGGCAGGGUGCCAUAUCCAGGCAUGGUGAACCGGGAGGUGCUGGACCAGGUGGAGCGUGGCUACAGGAUGCCGUGCCCGGCUGAGUGCCCUGAAUCUCUGCAUGAACUCAUGCUUACAUGUUGGAGGAAGGAACCUGAGGAGCGGCCCACUUUUGAAUACCUGCAAGGAUUCCUGGAAGACUAUUUUACCUCCACUGAGCCACAGUACCAGCCAGGAGAAAACCUGUAAAGAAAAUCCAGUAAAGUAGUUUCAUCCGGAAGCGGGGAAGAGGAUAAAGGCUUUCUGUACUGUGCUCCUUAAAGAAGAGUGAGUGCUAAAGUGACCUUUUACAUGCACAUUGAUUUCCAGUCAAGUGCUGAGGCUAGGUAAUCAAUAUUUUAACUGUAAAGUCGUAGAUCAUUUUUGGGAACCGCAGCAGGCUGGAUGAUGGAUGAGGCCAGAGAGAAUCAGGGACUGUGUUAAACUGCUCUCUUUAAAAAGACGACAGCUGCCAUGUGACCAUUCACUUGCACAGCUAAGUGAAAGAACAGCUGCUUUCACCGGUUUACAUAAUGAAUGACUUAUACUGAAUAUUUAAAAUCAAUUCAUGACAUAAUGUACACAACAUAGCAUUUUUAAAGUUCACAGAAGGCUGGGCAAAUCAGGUUCUACUGCUGUUAAAGACAACAUAAGUGUUAGGUUACAGUUCACUUGUGUAAUUAAAUAUAGAGGGAACCACAUCUUUGUUUUAACUCCAAUAUUAUUAUUAUAUAUUAUGUGUUUGCAGUUUUAAAUAGUUGACAAUGAUUUAAAGAAAAUGGUAUAUAUUGAUUUAUUUCUAACAAGCAUAUAUUUGUUAUAUUUCAGUGUUGUGGUAACUGACUAAGGCUGUACUUCUCCUUACAGAGAACAAAAACAUUGUUACAGUUCCUUGCACAGUUCUUUUUUAUUUUUUAACCUCAGAAUGGUUACCACACGAAACCCACAUUCUCCUCCACUGUAAACACAAAUAGAGAAGUUGUUUUUCUUCUCAUUUAACAUAGUUGUUUUUCCUGGUUUAGGGAAAAUAAAUCAUUAGCUUCUUCUGAACCAAUAACUCUUGUUGAAUAUACUCCAGAUUUGUGACUCUCACACUCCUCCAAACUGUUCACUCCAUUUAGCAUACCCUGUCACCAAGUCCUUUAAUUUUUCUCGAGAUGUAAAACUCGGCCAUCGGCAACUGGGGAAGACCCUUUAAGACAAUUGAUUUGAAUUUUAUAUUAUAGUUCUCUUUUACAUGAGGAUAUGUCUUAAACUGUCACAGUCUUCCAAUAUACAUCCAAUUGAACUCUUUUAAAGUUACCUAGAAGAGGACAUCCUGACUCCUGUUCCCUAUUUCCUAAACUGGGAUCAACUGGACAAGGACAAAGACUGUCAAACGGCGAGUGUUUUUGAAUCACACUAACAAGAUCACAUGGCAGAUAAACCAUUUAAUGAAGUGUUAGAGACCAAACUCCAAAAUAAAGCCUUUAAUACAGCCUUUAAAAAAAAAUUUCUCUCUGAUUUCUAUCCUUUAAUAUUAUGUUUAAAUUUUCUGAUAUUAUCCAAUGUUUUCUGAUAAGGUUUAAAUCUACUGACAAAGUCUCUUACAACUGUGUUUUUGCUUAUGGGAGACAGUUUUGUACAAUUCUACUAUAUAUAAAAGGUAUUUUUAAUGAUAUCAUUUGUUAUCAGAUUGUUUUUUUUUGUAGUUUAGCAUGAAUUGUAAGUUAAGAAUGUCAAUCUCUUCAAAUGACCAAAUGAUGUGGCUUUGGGCACAUGUAAAAUGUUCAGUGUUGGGGAAAGGCCCUUAUACAUGCUGGAUGGUAUUGUCUAGAGUCUUAAAAAGCAGGAAAGACUUUAAUCUUAUCUUGUGUUUAAAUAAUGCUAGGGCCACAACAUUUUGCUAAUUAUUAACAUCGCAUAUGAAUUUCAAAGGGCAAGAAUAUUAAUGCUUACGUAUGCUUUUCAAAGCCCAACAGGAGGAUUGCAUUUGACUUGAAGUGUAUGAAUAACUGAAACACGUCAUUCUACACAUCACUGGAUUUCUGUUUAUAUGCAGUGUUAUAUCCAGCCUUCUUCCUAAAAAUUUGCCUCUGAUCUAUUCUGUUUUGUGGCAAGUUAAACAGUUUUGUAGAAAUUGUAGGGCAUGUUUAUGCAUAAGGAUGGUGAGUGGAUCUGUGAGUAGUAAUAGUAUGGGAGUUAGGUAGUCACUCGUGCACUGUUUCCUAUCAUCUGUGAUUGCUUGCUUUUCUCACUUUUGAGUGCUCUCGUGACACUGGACAGUUUGUUGUGUAUAUACUUUCUGGUCAUGCUUCGUGUAAAUAGUCAUACUGUUCAGAUUCUUAUUUUUCUCUUGUGGGUUAUCUCACCUACUCUCAAUUCCCACACUCAGCUGGUUUCCAACUUUUCUACUUCAACCACUACUACAACUUCAGAAAUUUGCAUAAGAAAUCAGGUGUCUGUCAAAACCACACCAUUAUAUCGUCUAGAAUUUCUUCUUCACCAAAUUGUUCAGUUAAUAUAUUGGGAACAGAUUUGCCAGGGAGAUUUGAUCUGGGUUAAUGUGUUAAUAUGUGCAGUUGGGUGACGGUUAGUUAUUUGACUUUCAUUGAUAAUCAUGAUCACAGCCUUAUGUUUUCAAAUGUGUUCUUUUUUAACCCGCAAUUCUUACAUUUAUAGCAAAUAAGAGCAAAGAUUGCAAAGAGGUUUUUGUCUUCUUAAAAGGCAAUGAUGUAAUCAGCCUAUGCAGUUUUUACUCCUGUCUUUUUCACCUUUUUCCCCCCUUUGCUUACAACAUAUUGUACAGUUCUGUCAUUCAAUGACCUGGUCCAUAUAAAGAAUUUGCGAUGAGAGAUGUAUACUUCAACUGUUGAUACAUUGUUAUCUUUUCUAAGUGCAAUAAACUACGUUUCUAAAGUUUGGAUUUUGAAGCAAAUGUGUACCUUUCUGUCUGCGUACAUUGUAUAUAAAAAGCUUAAAGUGCAAAAUAAACCUUUCUAUAUAAUGAA